CACCGCCGACAUGCUCCGCAUCGCCCUCUUCCUCGCGCUCGUCGCUGGCGCAUCCGCCACCAGCGACUAUCCCGGUACCGCGACGUGCGCGCUUCUCACCAAAUCAAACUAUUGCGAUCUGAUCGAUUGGGCUGCCGCCGUCAACGGCGCAGACCCCAGUGGAUACUGCAGCUGCACUCCCCUCGACAUAGCCAAGUGCUUUGAUACCGCUGCGCUCCCCGCGAAAACGACCGGCUGCGCGAUGGACAGCGGCAAUUGCAACUUGCUCGACACUACCGGCCUCGACUCGAAGAUCCUGUCCUGGAUGUCCGCCGACCAGAAGAAGUGCAUCGACGAGGGCACGGACGAGACGAAAUGCAAGGCCAUUGCGGGUUGCAUCUACACAAAACCCGCGGGCGUCGCUGGGGGAAGUUGCUAUCCCAACACCGACUCCCUUUUGGCGACCGCGACCGGGAAGGGCGCGACCGCUCUCCAGUUGGCGCACGUCAAGCAGUCGAUGCACAACGAAAAUGUCUGCGGUCCCAUCGCGAAGGACGAGGCCACCUGCAACGCCGACUUGCGAUGCGCCUAUAACAAAGCGGUCAAGACGUGCAAGGCCAGCAUCUUCUACCUCGUCCACACCCUCGACUCGGGCGGUUGCACCACCGAGGCCGCCGCCAUGGCCAAGCUGUACAACGUCGACGUCGCCCAGGCGAACGCCAUCUCCACCUCCGGCGCCGCGGGCUUCUCCAGCUUCGCCGUCGUCGUCGCCGCGCUCUCCCUCAUCGCGUGAUCGACACCGUGAUCGACAUCGUGGGAACUCAACACACGUGGAUUUCGUCCGCCGUGUUGCCCUUUUCUUCGGUUUGUUUUUUCUUUUUCCAAUAAGCGAACGAACGGUUCGCACCCCUGCUGACUUGUAAUGACCAGAUGAAAUGAUUUUCGUC